CCGGUCCAUAGCCUUGGCUUUCACUACAGUCUGUGCGCAGCUCUCGCUGGAAAUUCCUCCGCUGCUCUGACAGACUGUGAUGCGCUCGCGCUCGCGCUCGGGACAGGGGCACCGGCACGCGCCACAGCGCUCGGGCUUCUUGGCACGCAGGAUAAUAUAGGCACAUAAGGCUAUUUAGUGCUCGGUUUUUUUCUUGGAGGAGUGGCAGAAACCCAGUGCCUUCUGAAAAUAUUGGGUAAUUUCCAAUCAUCUGCCAUGUUUGAGGGGUCUGAGUCCGCGGACACACAGGAAGUCAAAUCUGAGAGCACCCUUGGGUCCUCUGUCUCCGCCUGCAGGAAGGUUUUGUGCAGUAACAGUGUUCUGGACUCGUCGGAGUACUGGCUGAAGAACGAUAAGGCGCUCUGCAGAAUUGGGUUCCUGGAGGACCAGCAUGAUGGUGGCUGCCCUACAAUCUGCUUCGUAAACCUGGACAGACAUACUGCUGAACGGCAUGACGACAGCUAUGUUAAGAAACUGGCCUCAGUGUGCCCAGAGCUGCCACGGUUAAUUGAGUCUCUCGGAGUGCGGCAACCCAAAGAAAAUGAGAUUCUGCUUCUCAGCAGCCUAGAGUCACCGGACUCCUGCCAGCAUGACCCCAGCCACCCACAGAGCCAGAAAACAGUGGAUGUCUGUCUGGUGCAUUGUUCCUGUGGGCGCCGCCCAACCCAAACCAACAGUGUAAUUUUUGAGAUCAACAAAUUCCUGAUUGGACUACAGUCAGGGCAAGAGAGGCAGAGGCAUGGCCGAUUGGUUGGUCAGCGGGCUGCUGAAGAUGACACCAACCGCUCUGUGUCAUCCAUAGAAGAAGACUUCCUCACUGCCUCUGAACAGCUUGGGGAAGACAGCGAGGAUGACCCAUUCAGAAAUGAUCCUGAGAUUUCUAUCAUGCCCGAGUCGGUUAAGGUGUUGAGAGCAGCCCACGCUCAAAGAAGGAGUGAAAUAGAGAGAGAGGAUAGUGAGGACUCUGAGACCCUCUGCCCCUCUUCCAACUCCCAAAAGCUUUCAAGAACAUAUUCCACAACCCCAAGAGGCCCACCUGCUACGCCCAAAAAAGUCAGUCGUCACACCAGUGAGUCAGCCGGUCACUAUGCUACCAAUCUGGCUGAGUCAGUCCUGCAGGAUGCUUUUAUUCAUUUGUCACAAGACGAACCUUCUUUUGUCACGGAGGCAGCGGUGAGUGUGUCCACCACCUCGCAGCACUCAAGUGAUAUAAGCCAUUCCAGUGAAGAGCCACGCAGGGCUCGAGCCUGCUCUUUUGAACUUCCUAAAAUCGUGAUUGUCCAGAGUCCGGACAACAGUGAGGAGGUAACAGAGUGGCCGGAAGCUCAGUCACAUGGGACAACAGAGCAUGAUAGAGGAAAUAGGAUGCACAACUCGGCAAUUGGACACGCCGCCAAGCCGGUGGAAAUAGCUUUAGCGUGUGCUGCGAGUGUCAUCGGUACCAUUACCACCCCUCAGGUCACAGAACAACUCACACUGGAGUCAGGAGAAGAAGAUGAGUGUGAGGAUGAAGAAGAAGAGAGUGAAGCCGAACAAGGGGAGUAUUCGUUUUCCUCUGCAGUAUGUGGAAUGUCUCAGGUCGCUGGAGCUGUAGCCGUGGUAGAUCUAGCAGAUGACUCUGGGGAUAAUGACGACUCGACAGACAUCUACUCUGCUUCUAUGGGACUUCUGUCAGUUGCCCAAGCUUCAACUGCAGUGCCUCUCCACUGUAGCAUUGCAGAGGGCACCAGCGUCGAGGCUUUCAGAGCCAAUGUUGCUGAAGUUCUCCUCAGGGAAGCUUCAGCUGUACUCACCCACAGACAAAGUUACUCAAGCAUUGCAAACUUCCUUGAGACCACACAUAACAAAAUAGUGGAUGGCAUCACAAAUCCAAGAAGGCCCUAUCAGGAACAACAGGAUCUUGAUAACUUUACCCAGGAAAUAUCAGAUAAUAUCUUUCAGUAUGCCCUUGAGAAGGCUGAGAAGAGAAAAGAGCUCGAGGGUCCUGGCAAAGAUGCCCCAAACAUCGAGGGUUUCCUCUUGGAUUGUGUGAAUAAUUUGCUCUUUGAUGUCUUGAGUGUAACAUCAAGGAAAAUCGGUGACAUUUCAAAAUAUAACAUGGGAUCAUGUGACAGGCAAGAAGGCAGCAUCAGCUUUAUGGAGUAUGAGACUGAUACCAAGUCUGGCAGAGAAGCAUUGAGCCAAUUACAGCAUUUGAUUGAGCCAAGCCAGGCUUAUAAUCAUGGAGAGAGGCGAAGUAGUGUGGAGAAGUUGUCUGCUCUCAUAGGGAAGAGAGAGAGAGAGCAAAAGCACAUACAGGAAGAGAGAGACAGCGAGCAAAAACUGAAAGAACCCUACAGACUUACUCUGAACAGAGUGACUGCCACGGUCAAAGAGCAGUUUGACCUGGGCAGGAGUGACAAGAACGCAGACUCUGUGCUUCCUUCAGCUGAAAGCUCACCACUUCACAUGCCACGAGGGAGGGCAGGAGGAGAGGGCGAGACCAGGCAGCAGUCUUUAUCGUCCUCUUCAGGAGCACUUGUGGCACUUAAAAUGGAUUCAUGUGAGUCCAGAACUCCUGUCACAUGCUUCGCUGAAGACUUGGCGACCACGGUGGUCUCCAUGGCUACAGAGCUGGCAGCGAUAUGCCUGGAGAACUCCAGCGGAAAGCAGCCGUGGUUCUGCGCCUUAAAGGGUGGUUCAGAAGGUCCAGAGGGACUGCUUCUGCCCUGCCGCACAGCCGCAGCCCUCCGCCGGAAAGAGACACAAAAUGGCACCACAGUCACCAAGAAACACAGACCUCCACGUCUCAGUGAAAUCAAACGUAAAACCGAAGAACAGCCCGAACUCAUGGAGCGCCUGGUCAACCGUGUCGUGGACGAAACUGUCAAUCUAGACGAACCUACCACCUCUGAUCCAUUUGCACUCUUUGCGUCAGAGGUCACAGCCAGGAUAAUGAACUGCCCGGAAUUGAGUGUGGUGGACACUUCCAAAUCUGGCCAGUCGUCUCGCAGCCGCCUGCAGUGUGAGAGAUGGAGCAGCAGGGGCAAAGCAUCAAGCUACGAGAGCAUUCCAGAGGAGGACGCAGAUCCCUCUGGGACAGCAAACACUUUGGGACCAGGAAACAGGCUUGGGCAUAAUUUAAGCAGAGGUAGCUCUAUCUCCAAGCAAUCCAGCUGUGAGAGCAUUACAGAUGAGUUUUCUCGGUUCAUGGUGAACCAGAUGGAGACAGAAGGUCGAGGAUUUGACCUUCUGCUGGACUACUAUGCUGGGAAAAAUGCCAGCAGCAUCCUUGCAGCAGCUGUUCAGCAAGCUGCCAGUAAAAAAAAUGGACACCUCAAUGUGCGCACAUCAUCUUGUCUCUCUAAGCAGUCUAGCACUGAGAGUAUCACUGAGGAGUUUUAUCGCUUCAUGCUAAAAGACAUGGACAAGGAGAACAAGGACUACAGUCUGACCAAGACCAAAGAGUGGAGUAAUAGCCUAUUACCCCCGUCCCCCAGAACCCCAUUUUGUAUCCGUCAGUCUUCUGUUCCUGACAGGCGAUCCUCAGAUUCCAGACUAACUGUAAACUCACCCAUCAAGGCCAAUUCAUUCGAUGGUUUUGCUCGAAAUGUACACGGGGACUCGCUCAGCAUCUAUCCAACCAACUCUGUGUCGUCAACGGGACUCUGCAAGUCUGAUUCAUGCUUGUAUAAGCGUGGCCAAACGGACCAAAUCACAGACAUGCUGAUUCACGAAACAUGGGCCAGCUCUAUUGAGUCUCUAAUGCGCAAGAAUAAGAUAAUAGCGGAGCCCUCAGAGGACAGUGUGGAGCUCGAUUCAGCAGACUCGCAGCCACAUGUUCAGCUCUUUGCUAACCGUCUAGCGGCAGACAUCGUAGAGAGUGGCAAGUCCCUGCUUGGAGGCCAGCAGGAUGGUGUUGUGACUGCUUGUCAAAUUCCAGUUGGAGAAAGGAGACACGGCUUUAAGCAGUCUCGUCGUGAAAAUAGUGGAAACCGGCCAAGUGUAGAGCAUCAGGAAUAUUGCGGUAGCUCUCACAGUUCGUCCUGUGUGAGGCAAGCGUGGUGUGGACAGAGGGAGGUACCUUUGAUCCACAUUGAACCAGAUCAAAGAGAAGAGGCCUCAGAAGACAGGGGGAGGGUUGGGCCCCACCACAUAGAAGCAUCCCAUCAGAUCCAGCCACAAAGUGUCAAAGAGAGUGAGACAGCAACCAAAAGCAGCAGUGACAAAGACAGGGCCUCCUCAGUGGCCACAGCGCCCUCUGCAGGUGUGGAGGUGGAGCGACGCUCUCUCAGCGCUAGCAGUGAGGAAAGUGGCUCAGGCAGCUGGGCCCAGAUUGCACCUGAAGACGACCCCCAGGAGGAGACCACCAGUAGCUUUAUCCAGCUAAGCGAGGGAAAUGGGAACAGCAGCGCUUCUAGUCUGGGAUUGGCAGACCUGGAGGGCUUUCUAGACUACUCCAUCUCCAGCAACCUAAUCAGCGAGGACAGAGAGAGGAAGGCGUCACACUGUCAGGAUCAGACGGACGAAGUCACGUCGGGUCUGUCCACAGCGGGCAGCAGCUGUCAGCGGGAGCUCCUGGUGCUGAACUUUGACAUGGAUUCAGAGUGUGUGGAUGGAGAACUGAGAGCGGCGCUGCAGUGGAUCGCUGCGUCUGAGCUCGGCGUGCCGGCGCUCUACUUCAGAAAGACUCAGGAGCACAAUCUCGCUAAGUUCCACAGAGUGGUGCAGUUGGCAGGUCAGAAGGCUUGGCGUGUUGGUGACUUGUUCAGCGCUGUGGCUCAAUUCUGUCAGCUCCACCAGGACCUGGAGCACAGAGGACGGCCCGUGCCCAGCCUGUUCGACUGGAUACUGAAGACCAAGCGCUAGAGCGCCACCCAUCUACGGACCAGGAGCUGGAGAUGCCACAUAUCCGUCCUGUGCUAGCACACGUAUAUAGUCAGGAGCCAGUGUGAAAACACCAAACACCAAUCCCAUUUGAGCCGCUAAUACACCCUCACACAAGCAAACUGUUUAUAGACUCGUAGAUCCCACAGACUCAUCCACAGCCACCGCCAUGACUGUACAUGAGCACAUUUUUCUAGAGCUCAGCUGUGAAACUCUGUUUAUCACAGGAUAGCAAGGUUUACAACACACUCGCACGCAGUAACGGCUCCCAAUCCCAAGAUCCUUAGCAUGAGGCUUCCUUAGUACCGAACUUGCCCUCUCUGACCACCAGCACAUCCACAUUCAAUAUCCUUCAGAUUCACAGCUUGCAUUCCACCAUCUCCGUCACACUUGUAUAUGUCUUUGCUAGAUCACAGGAAUUAUGGGAUAUACUGUAGGAAGUAAUGCCUUGUCCAUAAGUAUGUGCUAGAGAUGCACAUUCGCAUAGAUUGUGAUUUAAGGAUGUUUCCCUUUAAAUUACGCAUGUUCCUGUCUUUAAGCGCACGCAACAUUAGAUCCACCGGUCACCAGCCAGCACUGGUUAGAGGAACAUGAUUUAAACCGACCAAUCAGCCUUGACGUUUUGUAGCUUGCAGAUUUUUACUGUACAACAAACCCGUUUCAAAUGCACAACGUGACUUUUUAUCAAGAAUAACGGACGUGCGAGCUCUGGUGUAGGGAUUUAAAGAUACUUAAAUGUUUGUAUUUCAAGUGUGAAAUAUAGUGAGAUCCCAUUCCAAACACACUUUAUUGUUUUAAGUUUACAUUGGCGAACACGCUCAGUCAUUUUAUUGUACCUCUGAGACUGAAUUGUAUGUUUAGUUUUGUGUGACUACUGUUAUUUAAGAGAUUUUAUUUUGGCUAGAUGUAAAUAGUUUAGAUUGUGAGCUAUUGUAUCUUUGGGCAAAUGGAAAUUUCAGUUUUUAUGUUUUAUGAUCGCAAAGACGCAGACGGACGGGAUCACAGCACUGAAAGUCUCACCAGACUACUGUAAAAGUUUGAAUAUAAAAGUAUGAACAUAAAAGAGUAUAUUUAAAGUACAAGUACAGUUUUGUCACGUAGAAGUUGACGUGUAAACGUGAAAUCUGGUGGCGUUAUGGUUUUCUCCGCAUAGUAACAUAAUAGUAAUGUGUUUUAAUAUCAGCGUUGAAGGCACACAACUGUAUCCAGUCUGUCACGGUAUACCUGAAUGUAUUUAUCUUUUCAAAAUAAAAUUUGUGAGUUUGAUGUCA